CCGUUUUAUAAUCGAGUGUAUAAAGCCAGCGUAAUUGACCGCUUUCCAUUAGUCUCAAAAUGAUUUCCAAGGCGAUCUUUAUAGUUUACUGUUCAUUUCCUGUUGUCUGGGGAGCGGUGCUACCUAUUAUAGAUGAGACCCAGGCACCUGCAGUACGAGGUCAGCUCCAAUACCACCCUAACAUGACAUCCAUGUGGAUGGUUGACGAUUAUGGUAGAACAGUCCAGGUGUACCUGACUGGCAGACCUCCGCAGAAUUUUAGAAAUUUUGCAGAUGUAAAAGAUAAUGUCUUCUAUUUCCUGUACACUCGGGAAUAUAACAGUGCAUACCAGUUGACAAUAAACGAUAUGAAGAAAUUAAACUCAUCAACCUUCAAACCAAAUCGGCCCACCAAAAUCUUAAUUCAUGGAUUCUGGACCAACUUCCGGUCGGAUUCAGUGCAAAUUAUGCGAGAAGCUUAUCUGAACCACUACGAUGUGAACGUAUUGGCGGUGGACUGGGGUGCGCUGGCGGAGGGUCCCUGGUACGUGGAAGCGGUCCAACACACACAGCCGUGGGGCCAGCUGGUGGGUCAGCUGGUGGACUGGCUGGUGAUAUCUUCAGGUGCUGCACUAAAGGACUUCCACCUGGUCGGUCACAGCCUUGGAGCUCACGUCGCGGCAUUCGCAAGCAACAGCGUCUCCUCCGGCGUCAUCCAACGUAUCACAGGUUUGGAUCCGGCCCUUCCAUUGUUUUCGAACCGUGAGCCCUCAAGACGGCUUGACCCUUCGGACGCUGCCCUAGUAGACUGCAUUCACACUUGCGGAGGCUAUCUUGGCUUCUACCAGCCUCUCUGUUCUUUCGACUUCUACCCCAAUGGUGGCACUGCUUCUCAACCUGGAUGUCACUGGGACUUUACCGGAGCUUGUAGUCAUGGGCGGUCUUACCGUUACUUCUCCGCUUCGUUGACCAACAACUUCACGGCCCGCUCCUGUGCUUCCAUCGAUGACAUGAGGCGCCGCCGAUGCUCUGGCCAAACAGGACUCAUGGGAGACCGUGCGAAAUACUCACUGCCAGGACUGUACUACUUGGAGACAAACAGCAACUUCCCUUAUGUCAAGACUUGAACAGUUCCGGUUCUUCUGAAAGAACUAAAAGAGCAGUUGGUCGGUGACUCAUCACGUCAAUUUGUUUCUUUUGACUUGUGGAUCACAAUCCUCCUUCACUUGAGCAUUGAACACAGAGGGUAUAACCGAUAUUAUAAUUAUUUUCAUAUAUUUUAAUGCUUUGAAUUGUAAAGUACAUAAUGAAUGAUUAAUAAAGUUGUUAUGUGUA